AAGGCCUCGCGGGGCGUAUAUAAGCAGUUCUCCUUGCGACAGUCACCCAAUGGACGCGAGUCUCCUGGCCCUCGCUGCCGCCUCGUCUCCCGGUGUUUAUGAUCCUGUGUUGGAAGAGGAUGAGGGGCGCCGCCAUAAUGCUGGUGCUGCUGCCGUGCUGGGCCGGCCUGGCGGCAGGGCAGCGCUACGACCACAACAACCUGACGGCGGUGUCUGACGGAGGCCUGCAGGUGCUGCAGUACUCUGACUUGGACCCGACGUACGGCAUCGAUGAGCCGCGGGGCGGCGCGGAGAGUGGCGGCGCCUUCCUCUUUGACGUAACCAAGCACAGCUGCGUGACGGUGAUGACGGCAGACGCGCCGUCCAUCACCAUAUACGCGUCCGUGUGGUGCUCCGACAGCGAACAGGAGCUGACCUUCAGUUCCUGUGACGGCCGUAACGGGGCUCUGCCCGAGGAGCUUUGCAAGGGCAACGGGAGAGGCUGGAGGGAGAUACGCCGCGUCAACGACUGCCCGGCGUGGACGACUGAGGAGACUGUCAAGCUCUGCGCGACUUCCGUCAAGGCCGGAGCGUCUGUAGGAAUCGAGUACGUGGAGGCGUUCCCGGGGGACUUCGUGAAGACGACCGCCGCCGCCACCACCACCACGACUACUCCUACACCUACCACCACUUCUACUACUCCACCCACCACCACUUCUACUACUCCACCCACCACCACUUCUACUACUCCACCCACCACCACUUCUACUACUCCACCCACCACCACUUCUACUACUCCACCCACCACCACUUCUACUACUCCACCCACCACCACUUCUACUACUCCACCCACCACCACUUCUACUACUCCACCCACCACCACCACCACUUCUACUACUCCACCCACCACCACUUCUACUACUCCACCCACCACCACUUCUACUACUCCACCCACCACCACCACUACUACUCCACCCACCACCACUUCUACUACUCCACCCACCACCACUUCUACUACUCCACCCACCACCACUUCUACUACUCCACCCACCACCACUUCUACUACUCCACCCACCACCACGACUACUACUCCACCCACCACCACUUCUACUACUCCACCCACCACCACCACUACUCCUACACCCACCACCACUUCCACCACCACAACCUUAGCACCCCACCACGACUAUCGACACCACCAGAGACACGACCUCUUGACCCCCCACGACUACAAGUGA